CUACACAACUCUUCUCUUCUCUCAGUUGGACCCUCUUCCUCCUUUCUUUUACUCUUUAUAUCUCUCUCCCCCCUUUUGAUCACCUUUUCUCUCUUUGAUCUCUCCUCAGUCAGUCUUCCAACCAUAUACACACAAAAAAAAAAAAAAAAAAAAAUCCUCGGAGAUCCAAAUUAACCCAAUUAAAUCCAACCAAUUAACACUAGUGCCUUUUUGUUUUAAUUUACCUCCAGUCCUAAGAAGAACAAAAUGGAAAUGGAAAGCCAGAAAUCGGACUCGUGGGAAGGCUAUGUGAAUUGGAGAGGAAAGCCAGCUGUUAAAGGCCGCCAUGGAGGGAUGAAGGCCACAUCUUUUGUCUUAGUGGUGGAAGUGUUGGAGAAUUUGGCAUUUUUGGCGAAUGCGAGCAAUCUGGUGAGGUAUUUCGCCGGAUAUAUGCACUUUUCGCCAUCGGAAUCGGCGAAUUCCGUCACGAAUUAUAUGGGGACAGCCUUCUUGCUGGCUCUUCUGGGUGGCUUCUUAUCGGAUGCUUUCUGCACUACCUAUGUGAUCUACCUAAUCAGUGCCGUUGUUGAGUUCCUGGGGCUGGUGAUACUCACAAUUCAAGCUAGGACAAGCUCCCUACAACCACCAAAAUGUGACCCUGCCAAUCCCAACAGCCCUUGCGAGCAAGUUCAUGGCGCACAAGCAGCGAUGCUCUUCAUUGGGCUUUACCUGGUGGCAUUAGGUGUUGGAGGUAUCAAGGGCUCUUUACCGGCUCACGGAGCGGAGCAACUCGAUCAGGAAAGCCCAAAGGGUAGGAAGCAGAGAUCCACCUUCUUCAACUACUACGUGUUUUGCCUGUCAUGUGGAGCUCUUAUUGCGGUCACGCUGGUGGUGUGGGUUGAAGAUAACAAGGGUUGGCAAUGGGGUUUUGGGAUUUCUACAUUGGCGAUUUUGUUGUCGAUUCCAGUCUUCCUUCUUGGAUCCACAUUUUACCGUAACAAGAUACCAUCCGGAAGUCCAAUAACCACAAUUGCUAAGGUUUUACUGGCUGCAUUUCUGAAUUGUGGUAAAUCAAAGAACUCCAGCAAUGCCAUAGUAAACAUGGGAACAAGCCCUUCACCAACUCCAGUCUCCGAGGAAGACACAGGACCAGCUCUGAAGAGUACUAUCACUGUUGCAGAACAACCAUCAAUUCAGCAAGAAACUCCAUCAGCAAGUCUUAGUUUCCUAAACAGAGCUGUCGGAAACACCCCGGGUUCCUUCAAUUGCUCGGUACAACAAGUGGAAGAAGUCAAAAUCGUGUUCAAAAUCCUUCCCAUUUUCGCUUGCACGAUCAUUCUCAACUGCUGCUUAGCCCAGCUCUCCACAUUUUCGGUACAACAAGCAGCCACCAUGGACACCAAAGUCGGAUCAUUAAAAGUCCCUCCAGCAUCCCUUCCGAUUUUCCCCGUCGUCUUCAUGAUGAUUCUCGCACCUGUCUACGAUCACGUCAUCGUCCCAUUCGCCCGAAGAGCGACCAAAACAGAGAUGGGAAUCAGUCACUUGCAGCGAAUCGGGACCGGAUUAGUCCUGUCAAUCGUCGCAAUGGCGGUGGCUGCUCUAGUUGAGAUCAAACGCAAGAGGGUAGCCACCGAAAAAGGGUUGCUCGAUUCGGCAGAACCGUUGCCAAUUAGAUUCUUCUGGAUUGCAUUUCAGUACCUGUUUCUGGGAUCAGCCGACUUAUUCACAUUAGCUGGACUGCUGGAAUUUUUCUUCACGGAAGCACCCACCAGCAUGAGAUCAUUGGCGACUUCUCUGUCUUGGGCAUCAUUGGCAAUGGGGUAUUAUCUCAGCACGGUGAUGGUGUCCAUCGUAAACAGCGCCACCGGAAACUCGGGGCAUCCGGGUUGGCUGUCGGGCCGGAACUUGAAUCACUAUCAUCUGGAGAGAUUUUACUGGCUGAUGUGUGUGUUGAGUGUGUUGAAUCUGCUGCACUAUUUGUUUUGGGCAAUGAGGUACAAAUAUAGAUCAGUUAGGAGUAUUAAUACUACCACUCAGGAGCAUUCUCAAUAUGCAAAUGCAAAGAGCGUCCUGCAAAAUUGAAAAUUUAUAGUGGUCUUUUUUUUGGGCAGCAAUGAAGUUAAAAAAAAAUUAGAGUAUUAAUACAUGCAGUCUUAGUUGGGGCUGUAAAUAUGUCCAAUGAUUCGCUGCAUUUUCUGUUAUUCAGAUUGCAGAGUCAGCAAGAGGAUU